AUGAGUGCGGCCACCACGGUCAUCGAUGCACCCUCCACGCAAGUAUCUUUAUCUCCCACACGCGCUGCACUGGCCAGCGCAUCUGAGAAGGCGGCGGCUAUCCCGGGCCAGGUGAUUGUCGGCGCACUGCGCAUCCGAGGUACGCACCAAUUUGUCUAA